ACCUUCCCUCAGGUGUACCCAGGGCUCAUGGCGACUGCAGGCCUUAUCCACUACGUGCUCAACAUGCUCCACAUCACCGUCCACAUCCGUGAUGUGUGCGUCUUUCUUGCGCCUGUGUUCAGCGGCCUGACCGCCAUCUCCACCUUCCUGCUAACCCGGGAGCUGUGGAACCAGGGUGCCGGGCUGCUGGCAGCCUGCUUCAUCGCCAUCGUACCCGGUUAUAUCUCUCGCUCCGUCGCCGGCUCCUUUGACAAUGAGGGCAUCGCCAUCUUCGCCCUGCAGUUCACCUACUACCUCUGG